CUCUCUCUCGCUUUAGCUCGCAAACUCACAGCUUCUCUUGUUGUUAAAGCCUCGUAACCCUAAAUUCACAAACGCUUCAACGCAGCUUCAGCUUGUUGCAAGUGUCAAGAUGCGUUUUACUUCAAUGUGAAGGAAACCAGAUCCCAGAACCUAGAAUCUUGACCUUCCAUCUGCUGCAAACUUCAGGUUAAUGACUGACUACGUGAGACGAGGGGGGGGCGUGUGAAGGAAUGUCUGCGAUGACGUUUCAAAACAGUGGAGCUGUCACACACCUGUGCCACCCUUGGUUUAGAUUUUCUCAACAGGUUUCAACCGAGACAGCAGGCACAAAAAAAAAACUAUUUUGAGGCUCCUCCAGUGUUUGCUGAUUGACUCUGUGCAGGAAAGCCCACUAAACAAAUACAGCAAGCGUGCUUAGGAAAAGAAAAAAAAGAAAAGCAUUUUAACACAACUGGGAUGUGAGAUAGCAGAAAAUUAGGUUGCAAUUGUGUCAUCACGAAGCAGCGACGAUGACUGUGCAGCUCCUGUUGGAAAACUGAGUCAGACUCCAGCCAGCUCUCUACCUCCCACAUCAGCCCUCCAGCAUGAGCGACGACGGGGAGAGAGGCAGGUCCGAACGAAGCCGGGGCCAAAGCAACGGUUCCAGGCCGGCCCCCAACGUCAAACCCAAACUCAACCAGAGAGAAAAGAGCAGCAAGGAGGACCAGUGGAAGAACCAGAAGCCUGCAAAAGUGAGGAGAUCGAGGAGCACCGACUCUGAGAGGGGGGACAGAGGCAGGAGGAGAGAACGGGACCGGUACCAGGGGGAGAGGAGGCAGAGAGGGAGGAGUGAGGAGGCCCGGAGACGAGACAGGAAAGAGGGAGAGAGCGUCCCGAGGAAGCCCCCCGCAGACGAUGUGGAGGACACUGAGUGCGCUGUGUGCUUCUGUUCAUACGACAAUGUCUUCAGGACCCCCAAGCUGCUGGCGUGCGGGCACACCUUCUGCCUGGAGUGCCUCGCUCGCAUCAACGUGACCUCCCCCGAGCUCAAGACCCUGACAUGCCCCGUGUGUCGGGAGGUGACUGAGCUCCCCCACGGCCGGGACCUGCCCCGCCUGGGCAACAACGAGGACAUCAUCGGCAAACUCCCAGCAAACAUGCAGAGGGCUCUGUCCAUCCGCUUCAAGCGCAGUAAGGGCAAACUGCUCCUGAAGAACCCCCCUCCGAACAGCCCGACCAAACCCUCUAUCCUCACCCUGCCUAAGAAGAACCAGGAGGGCCAGGGGACGGCAGGUGGGGACCUCAACCUGGGAGCGAUGGAGGAGGGAUUUACCCCGACCACAGUGGUGGACGUAGGCCGGCCUCCGAACAGGGUCAGAGGUCGCCUGCGCAGGUUGUUCCGCUCGGACCAGUGCUACUACACCGUGGUGGGGUCCAUCAUCACCAUCACUGUGGCUCUCAUGCUGGUGGGGAUCCUGGCCUUUGUGAUCAUACCAAAUGUUGUUCACCGCAGGCCUGUUCCUCAGGGGAACCAGACAUUACAGACCCCCCCAGGAUCCCCAGGACCCAUUGAUAGACCCUGAUGGGGCAGGAGACAAGAGGAAGUAACACACUGAACUGAACCUUUCGCCUACUUUUCCCUUUUGGCGAGUAACACUGAAGGUAGAGACUAAACACUGCGACUCGUUCAAGCUGAUUCACAUACAGCGAGGUGGAGAAAUGAAGGAAAACAAGGACAGCAGCAUUUUUUUAACAAACAAAGGACAGACAGGCUCUGAGUUGCACAUGAAGGAAACAGGAGAAACUUGCAUCUUAUUUUUUUUUUUUUAAUUUUUGUUUCCUGAACAGGUUUGCAAUCACUGUGAAAAGCCAGAAACACUGUCCACUACGACUAAUAAGCUGUAAAUGUUGAAAUGAACGAAGCUCUGUGAUGAAAAGAACUGAGAAUCGUUUGACUGCUUCAGGCUCAGCUCUUACAAAUUGUGUAUAUAGACCAACUCACUGUACAAAGCAACAGAUGAGUUGUAUACUUGUAAAUAUUUUCUUUUCACUCACAAGAACUGACUUUAUGAUCUAUGAUAUCAAAAUAAAGCACUUUUUGGGGCAUUGAAACGUAUUCCUAAGUGUUUCCUAAAUCGAUCACCUGGAUUUUUACAACAUUUAUGAUUUUUUUACAAUGGCCGGAUCGCUUUCAGAGCUCCUGUUGACACCACGGGCAGGACUUCCUACUCAUGUUUUAUGAUGCGUGUCCUCAUCAAAACAGAUUUGUUGCCUAUAACCUGAAGGGACCUGCAUGCUUCUUUAGACACCUGAUACCCUCUAGUGGUGUAAAUAGACCAGGUAACAGCGUGAACUUUUCCUCUGCUGUGCCUCUCAGCUCUUUAGGCUGACAAACCUGUUUGACAACACAAGUGUUAUCUCUCUCUCUCUCUCUCUCUCUUUUUUUUUCAUCCCUCUCAGGAAGUUCAGCUAUCAGGUUUUACAAAGAGCUCAGAUAAGAUUGGUUAUAUCACAACUUCCAGCUGUUUGUUGUGGUUUAGACUAAACAUUAACUCACUGAAGUCCCCAGCAAACCACAGGGAACACAAGUCUUUUCUCUGUCUUUUAGCCUUAAUGCUAAAUCUGAGUGUUCAGCAGCUGCCUUUGCACAUAAAGGAGAGUUAUAAAUAACAUACAUGUUGUAGUGAGGUGAGGAAAGGUGAUGUGCUUAUUGAAACAACUACUGCAAAACAAUAAUUUGCUUGCAACAGUGAUUUUAAAGGUGCAUUAUGUGAAAAUUGGCCACCUGUUGAAUUCACUCUCAAAACUAUGACAAAGCCUGUCAGCAGAGUGACAGCUAACUGCUGCUAACUGUAUUCUGUUACAUCCAUGUUUGUAGCAGCUGUUAGCUUGCUAGCUCAGUUAGCUGUGCAGCUAGUUGGACAUCUGGGAAAGUGUUGGUGUUUAUUCCACCAGCACAGGAGCUUUGGACUGAUGGGAGAAAAGAGGUUUUCAGGCCUGAAGCUAGCUGGUUAGCAUGCUAAGUUCUGUAUACAUUACCUCUGCUACACAAAGUAAAGUCACACCUGUUAACUCUUCACAUCUUGUUAAUUAUUAUAGUUAAUUAUUGAAUGUUUUAAACCAAAAUUCUUUCAUUUUACACAUGUGAAUAUUUUAAUUACAUGCACAAUUUCCAUCUAAUUCUAUUACAUUUGAGUUGAGGAGUUUUUCUGUCAUGUUGAGUCAAUGUGAAUAAUCUAAAUGGCCUGGAGCCAGAAUAAGCAGUCUGAAAUGCAUUCAUUUUAUGUAAAAUUAUUCAAAAACAUAACGUUAAUGUAGAAGUUCCCCUUACUUUUACAUAUCAUGAUGCAAGAAACACUUAAUGUUUAUACAGAAGUCCGCCUUGAUUUGGUAAUCCGACUAUCAUCAUUAUCAGACUUUGCAUCCAUUCAGUAAACGUAUGAAAUAAAACCUUAACACAUUUGAAUGUUCCCCUGAAAUAAUGUGAGGGAAAGUGACUAAGUAAGUUACUCAAAUACAAGUAGUGAGUAUAAAGAACACUUGUACUCAGUAUUGUAUAAUGUGGGCAAGAGUCACUUGAGUAAAAGUAAAGAUUUUGUGUUAAGAUAUAACUUAAAGUGAAAGUCAUCUUGAGUCUUGAGUAAAAGUCUUAAAAUAUCUGAUAUCAAAUGUACUCAAGCAUCAAAAGUACAAGUAGAAGUAAAAUCAAACAUAUAUUUUAAUGCAUGUACUGUAUAUAUGAUAUACUAUAUAUAUUCUGAUAUGUUUUAAUGUUGAACUAUGGAUUCAAUGCAGCAUUCAGUUUGCAAAAUCAGCAGUAACUAAUGAAUGUAAUGGAGUAAAUGGACAAUAUUUGCCUUCAAAAGGUGGUGAAGUGGAAGUAUACAGUUGCAGAAAAUGGAAAUACAGAAGUUCAAGUACCUCAAAUUGUUGCUAAAUACAGUAUUUGGAUAAAUGUACUUGGUUACAUUCCAUCCCUGCUUUGACUUUCGGUACUUGAGUACAUUUUGCUGGUUAUACUUCUGUAUCUGAACACAGGAGUUUAACUUUUUCCACUAUUGCCUUGUAGACACACCCACAUGACCCCCCUCCUGUGGUAUCGAGGCAAAUAUGGUCGCAGGGACCACAGCAGAGACCCCCUCCUCCUCCUCCUCCUCCUCCUGUGCACCCCUUCUUACGCAAAUUUUCCUUCGUGCGUUAUGUGACCGCCUGUUGUGGAGGCCGAACAUCAGGGAGCUGUCAGGAGCAGCUCGGCAGACAGAGACGCUCUCUUGCGGAUAGUUAUCGACCACCAUGGCUUCCACUCCCUCCGCCUCUGCCCUGUCUGCUGUUCUCCGGUGUCGGGGGAAAAUCUGGACUAGGAAUCCGCCGACCAAGCGGCCUGCCACCUCGGUGUACAGCCUGGGACUGUCCGGAGGGGCGGUGCGCGACCCGCCAGCUGAGCGCACCCGGUCCAACCAGGCGUCCGCGUGGGAGGCUUUCCUCCGAGGGGAGCGUGUUGCUGUGGGGAGAAGACUCGCUGUGACGUGUGAGUCGACCCGGCAUGAUAAAGAUCCGAGAGGAAAAGACGCCAGAGAAAUUAAUAAAUUAUGUCACGCAAAACUUUCGCAAUCCCCGGGCGACGCGCACUCUGGUGUCCAAAACGCGCUGGUGCGUCAGCUGGCACGCAGACUGACAUCUAACCUGCCUGGAAUAAACAAAUGCUCCCGAAUUAUUCAGGUGAUUAGAAGUGAAACGUAUGCUGCACACAUCUGUAAAAUAGUAUGCGUUCAGGAAAUCAGUGAAUUCCCAGCUGGAGUUUUGAAAGUGUCCGUGACGUCCCCGCGUUUGAUGCAAAACACAGCGCAGAUUCCGUCUUUCGUGUUGAGCGGCUGGUCGACGCUGAAGAGCACCUGUUUGUGUUUGACUGCUCUGGUGUCAGAGUUUAUGUUUCUGAAGCUGGCGGUGUUGUGCAGGUCCGACAGCAGCCCUGGUGACAGACAGCAGGAUGGAGACAGCCUCAGAGACGACAUCCUGCAGGUAAAUGGACAAAUCCACAGUCCCACUGUCCUCAUCUCCACCAGGGACGACUCCGGCUCCGGACAAACAGUCACGGAGGACAGACCUGACUGAAACUGACCACAGAGCAACAAAGAGAUACGCUCUGUGACCCCUUAUUUAUUGACUUUUACUCUUGAUUUCACAACACACAGCCUACAUUUGGACUAUGGACUUUUGCCGUAGAACUCAAGAAAAAGUGAGCAACACUGUAACAAUAAAUACAUUUAACCAACA